AUGUUACGGUUAAAAUGUGCCUUCCAAGUGUACGAAUGGGGUAAGGUUGGCGCGAAGAGUGAAGUUUAUAAGCUGUUGGGCAAUUCCGGACAGUCUCAGAAACUAGAUGAGUCGAAGCCUUAUGCAGAGCUGUGGAUGGGCACUCACAUAUCUGGACCAUCAUUUCUAAUGGACGAUCCGUCGCUGUCACUUGAAAGUUACAUUUCAGAACAUUUCAACUGUUUGGGUUCUUCAGUGUUUGGAAAGUCACUACCAUUUCUUUUCAAAGUUCUCUCUGUGAGGAAAGCACUUUCCAUUCAGGCGCAUCCUGACAAGGAGUAUGCUGUUAAGCUGCACGCUGAAAGGCCUGAUCUAUACAAAGAUUCAAACCAUAAACCUGAGUUGGCAAUAGCCCUAACACCUUUUGAGGCAAUGGUCGCUUUCAGACCUCCAGCAGAAAUUGGUGCAUUUGCAAAAUACAUUUCCGAACUCUAUGCGAUAAUUGGUUCGGAGUAUACCAGUGACUUAAUGGCUCUUUCCGCAUCAGAUGAAGAUCUUACUGCUCCGUUAAUAAAAGCUGCUUACUCACGUUUAAUGACUGCAGAUCCUGAGAUGGUCAGUGCAUUGGUGAAUAGUUUGAAGGACCGUUUAAUAAGUGGUGAAAAGAUUAUUAUCCCACCUUUCGAGAAUUAUACCAUCGAUACAGAUGGUUUAGAAAAAGUUUUUAUACGGCUGGCUACAGAUUUCCCUGGAGAUGUUGGGUGUUUCAGUUUGUUCUUUUUCAACUAUAUAAAACUUAAUCCAGGUGAAGCUAUUUUUCUAGAACCUAAUUUACCACAUGCCUAUUUAUCCGGUGACUGUGUUGAGUGUAUGGCAUCAUCAGACAAUGUGAUUCGUGCAGGCUUAACACAGAAAUUUAAAGAUGUCGAUCAUCUGCUCCGUAUUGUACAAUAUGAACCACGUUGGGGAUCAGAGUUGAAAUUUGCUGGACAGUUGAAGAGAAUUCAACUUGCUGAUAAAACUCCCUCAUGUACUGUUGAUAUUCGUGAUCAGGAGAAGAAAGCAACUGAUGAUGAUUCAAUAGCUUUACCUGAACUCGUUACGUUUUCUCCCCCAGUUGAUGAGUUUGCAGUGGAUAAAAUUUCAAUACCAGGUCAGUAUGAAACAGUGGAAUUUUCACCGUUGAAAACUGCCAGCAUUUUAAUUAUUAUGGAUGGGAAGGGUAGAUUACAACGUCUGUAUGGCAACAGAUUAUCUAUUGUUGAGACGGCAUGGGACAGCGUUGAGAAUCCCACAUCAGUGAGAAACAAUCCAAAGAAUAACAGUUAUAAAUCAGAUUAUGUGGAUAGCAAUUCAGUGUCUUCGGCCUUUGUUUGUGAAUACUUAAAUUUUGACCGAGGAUCUGUAUUCUUCAUCAGUGCUGGUGUUCCCUUUUGUAUUCAUCAGCUGCAAAGUAGUAAUUCACAGAUAUUGGCUUUCCGAGCUUAUGCAAACGUCUCCUGUAACUGA